CCUGCCCAAAGGAGGGGGGAAAACAAAAUAAUGCUUCGUAAAUGUUCCCUUCCGAAGUCUGGAGCGUGUGACCUACAAGGUUUCAAUUUUAACAUCUUUACCAAUAUACCAUCUAAAACAAUAUUAAACGUGCGGCCAAUUUUUCCAUUUACUUAAGUUGGAAAGAAAGCUUGAUUGCCCAAUGGCGACUGCUCCACCGCGCUGUGUACCUCACAGAGCAGUCGGAGAGGGAGAUACGAUUUUGUGACUAUCAGCUUGACUCGUGCUCGUUCAAAUAGUUUUGAUGCUCUGAUCAAUUGAACGUUUAAUCUCAAAUUUGCUUCCAUACAAUUUCCAAUUCUAUCAGAAACCCAAAUAUUUAAGACAAGCUCAAACAAAUCUGCACCCGAGUGUGUAAUUGAUUCAAUCAACUCCAUAGCGUACAAUUCAACUGCGUAGCCUACAAUUGAAUGGUGCCCCUGUAGGAUUAGUUUAGGGUAUUUUCGGGAAUGUAAUGGCGGGGAUCCAUUUGAAGCCUGGGUGGUUUGAAGAUUGCAAAGAUGAGGUUAUGGAGCUACACAUUCUGGAGAAAGAAAGCGACAAAGAGCAAAGGGAUGGCGACAGGGAGCACGACCUGACAAGCCUAACGGAUAGUGAGCUUGAUGACAAAAUCGUCAGAUUAAAAGGUCUAAUGAAGUGUCCAUUGCCUGAUUCGGGUCUCAAGCUCAAUCUUCUUCUCCAGAAGCAUUUAGAUGAGAAAAAGCGCAGGGAAGACCUCCCAAAGUCUAGUAUUGAGAUUGUUGAUUCUGUGAAAGGUGAAAGAAGUGUUAAUUCUGAAAAAUUUGGAAGCUUUGACUUGCCUCGUUCAACAAUUGAGUAUCAAAGGUGUACACCAGUUCGCCGUAGGGAUGCUGUACAACAAAGAGAACCAAAGCCAGAUGACAAUAAUAAGUCAGAUAAGACAGACAAUGCAUUUGAGGAUGAUUUGAAGCUUUUAUGUCAAGGGCAAAAGAAGUUGAUUGGAAAUGGUCUACAACAUUCUAAUAACAGAGAAAUAAAUAGAAUUAGACGCUCUCCCAGGAAAUUGGUUUCUUGCAGUCCUAUCAAUCGAAUCAGUGAAGGGGACUUGACAAAUUCUGUUACUAGAAAUAAGAAGCUGGGAUCUUCUGGAGUUUCUGUUAUCUUAGGAGAGAGUGGUCGCAUCCUAUCAGCUGGAAAAAGGGCAGCAUCAUCUUUAAUCUUUCAGAGUUCGUCGAAGAAGCAUUCAUCUCUUACACCAAAAUGCUCAGUAGAGAAGAUUGUGGUUGAUUUAGAUGAAGAGGAUGAGAAACAGAAACAACAGCAUCAGGGUCAUAGCAUGUCCUUAAGACGGAGGAAGAAAGACAUCCGAAUUUACUAUCCUGAAAGAAAUCAUCCAGAAUCUGUAGAAAUUAGGCACUCGGAUAUGGAAUGCCUAGCUCCUGGCUCAUAUUUGUCUUCUGUAAUUAUGAACUUCUACAUUCGGUACCUUCAAUGUUCUCAAUCUUUAUCCAUUGAUCAAAUGAAUAAUUAUCAUUUCUUCAAUACUUUCUUUUACAGUAAGCUUGAAGAAGCCUUGGAUUCUCAGGUUAGAUCUGAAACUGGUAAUUCCUUUGCAAAACUUCGAAGAUGGUUUAAAGGAGUAAAUAUCUUUGAGAAAGCAUAUAUCUUUUUGCCCAUACAUGCUAGUCAACACUGGAGUUUAGCAAUAAUCAGCGUUCCUGCCAGGGAAGAUGAAAUGGGUCCAAUCAUUCUUCAUUUGGAUUCGCUGGGUCUCCACACCAGUGGAACAAUCUUUUCCAAUAUUCGUAGCUACUUAAAAGCAGAAUGGGAGCAUUUGAAUCAAGAAGAGGUUCCUGAACAAGUUCCUAUUGCAAGAGAAAUUUGGAAAGAUCUGCCAAACAAGAUUCAGGAGAAACAAAUACAGGUUCCUCAGCAGCAAAAUGAUUAUGAUUGUGGAUUAUUUGUUCUGUUCUUCAUGGAGCAUUUCAUUAAGAAUGCCCCACCAAGACUCAGAAAGACAGAUUUGGAUAGGUUAGGCCGAAAGUGGUUUGAACCUGCUCGAGCUUCACUUUUGAGGGGUUCAAUUAGAACCAAGCUUGAGGAAUGCUUUGAAGAUGCAGAAAAAGGAAGCCAGGAUGAUAUGAACAAAAAACCUCCCCUUGACUUAGAGGAUGUAAAUUAAAACAUAAAAUUUCCUAACAAGCUCCAUGGAUAAAUAAGAAAACUAUUUUUGAAGUUUGAAAAGCAAUUUUGAUCGCUUCUUAACCAUUUCUUAUAUAUGUGUGUGAUGGUUGCAAAAUAGAGAUUCACCCUGUUACCUCAACGUAACUGUUGUCACAUGUAUGAUAUAUUCGUGAUAGAGAUGGAACAUUUAAUCUAUCCAGCAUAUGAGCACAAAUAUGAAGUUAAUAUAAUCUCUUCUCUUUCUUCUGUCUA